AUGAUGAGUCAAAUUGACGAGCGUAACUCGUUUCCCGACGUCACUCCUUCCGAAGGAAGUAUAUUCAUGCCCCUGAAGACGCCGGGCAUUCAGGCAGUUCGCAGGAGCAACGCUCGGGCUCUAUGGAUGAAUCUAUACUGA